AUGCGUUCUUUCUUUCUUUCUUUUUCAUUCUGUAAUUCUUUCUUUUUUUCUUUCUUUCUUUCUUUUUCAUUCUGUCAUUCUUUCUUUUUUCUUUCUUUCUUUCUUUUUUUUUUUUUUCUUAAUUUUUUCUUUUCUUUCUUUCUUUCUUUUUCAUUCUGUAAUUCUUUCUUUUUUCUUUCUUUCUUUCUUUCUUUUUCAUUCUGUAAUUCUUUCUUUUUUCUUUCUUUCUUUCUUUCUUUUUCAUUCUGUCAUUCUUUCUUUCUUUCUUUCUUUUUCAUUCUGUCAUUCUUUCUUUUUUUCUUUUUUUCUUUCUUUCUUUCUUUUUCAUUCUGUCAUUCUUUCUUUCUUUCUUUUUUUUCUUUUUUUUCUUUCUUUUCUUUCUUUCUUUCUUUCUUUUCAUUCUGUAAUUCUUUCUUUUUUCUUUCUUUCUUUCUUUUUUUCAUUCUGUCAUUCUUUCUUUUUUUUUCUUUUUCUUUCUUUCUUUUUUUUUUUUUUCUUUUUCUUUUUUUUCAUUCUGUCAUUCUUUCUUUUCUUUUUUUCUUUCUUUUUUUUUCAUUCUGUAAUUCUUUUCUUUUUUUCUUUCUUUUUUCUUUUUCAUUCUGUCAUUCUUUUCUUUCUUUCUUUUUUUUCUUUUUCUUUCUGUUUCUUUCUUUUUUCUUUUCUUUAAUUUGUUUCUUUUUUUUUUUCUUUUUUUUCUUUUCUUUUUUUUUUUCAUUCUGUAAUUCUUUUUCUUUUUCUUUCUUUCUUUCUUUCUUUUCAUUCUGUCAUUCUUUCUUUUUCUUUCUUUCUUUCUUUCUUUUUCAUUCUGUCAUUCUUUCUUUCUUUCUUUCUUUUUCAUUCUGUCAUUCUUUCUUUCUUUCUUUCUUUUUCAUUCUGUCAUUCUUUCUUUUUUUCUUUCUGACGCAGCCAUUCUGUCCUUCUUUUACCUUAUCUCUUUCAUUAAUUGAUUAG